GCGGCGAAGACCAGGUUCAGCGGUACAACGCCGGACUCGGGGACUCCAGUCUACCUGGAAGUGGCAAAGUUUCGUUCCUGCGGGAACCUGCCAGGAUCUGACAGACUUGCUGUGGUUUACACCGGAGUUUCUAGCCAUGUCGCUAACAACUGCUGCCCCCACGAACAAGAGGAAGAAGGCCAACAAGAUCAUCACCGACUUCUCCAACAUCAGCCAGAAUGAUGACGAGUCUGACCCGGAAGCCUCCGAGCUGGACCUGGGCACCAAGAUCAAGGCCCCCAAAGACGUGAUGCUGGAGGAGCUCUCGCUGCUCACCAACAAGGGGUCCAAAAUGUUCCAUAAGAGGCAGCAGCGGGUGGACAAGUUCAUCACCACUAACGAGAACAUGCAGAACCUGCAGAACCUUCUGAUGUCGCCUCCCCCUGUCCCGCCAAAGCCCGAGAUGCCAAAGGAAGACGUGGCGGCGCGAGAAGACGCGGUGGAGAAGGAAUCCGAGAAGGAGAGGAGGAGGAGGGAGUACGUUCGCACCUACGUGUCGCCAUGGGAACGGGCCAUGAAGGGCGACCAGGAGCUGGCGGCCACCAUGAGAGCCAGCAUGCCGAGACCCGGGCGAGUCCAGUUUCCUCAGUACAAGAGCUUCAACAGGACAGCGCUGCCCUUCGGCGGCGUGGAGAAGGGCCCCAAGCUGACGGCGCUCGAGCCCCCCGACCUCGGGGCGGACCCCGACGACCUGGAGCCGCUGCCCUCCUUCCAGGCCGACGUCCGCUCGCGGCCCUCGUUCAACCGCACGCCCAUCGGCUGGGUGUGCAACGAGGACAACACGCACAUCCACAUGGACCUGGACGCCAUCCCCUUUGACGGGGAGACCGACGAUCUCUGAGCGCGCGCAUUCAUUUUUAUCUGUUUCAGCAGAAUAUUU